AUGCCUCGAUACGACUUCGACGACGGCAACGCCGAGCGUGAGCCUCUGGACCAUUCUUAUCGGUCGCAUACACCCAACCCUCCUGAACAUUAUCAGGACCAUCAGUACCAUAAUGGCUCGCCUCAAGCCUACUACCCCGAACAGGACGUGCGAUUGCAACCGUAUCCCGAUGACCCAAACUUCAGUCGCAUGAGAGCCGAGCGGAGGAACAACCGCCAGGGCCCACCACCAGCUGCUGUGGGAGCUGUCGGAGGUGCUGCUGCUGCUGGCUACGGCGCUCACCAGGCUGUUUCACCCAUUGAACCCAGUCCGCAGGUCCCGCCUCACCGUGAAUGGGGUUCCGACCCCUACGCUCCGCAACAGAGCAAUCUCAAUCCCAACAUCACCCCCGGCGCAGACAACUUCAGUGACACGGCAUCGGGAGGCAUGGCCGGCAUCGCCUAUACGGUCGCUGAGCGCAACGCGAGAGAGAGCGGGGUCGAGGCUAUGAGAAACGUCGGCCAGGUGCCACCUCAAGCACGAGGACAGUUGCCGCAGCCCAACGCUCCGCCACAGGCGUACAGCCAACCACGGGGGGACGCCUAUGAAAUGACCGACGCUCCGCGCCCAUACCAAAACAGUCUCCCGGACCGCGACUCUCACUCGAGUUUGACCGCCCUCGGAGGUGCGGCCGCGUCUCCGGCCAGGCUAUCGCCGGCCCCAAGCCCCUACGGCUACAACGACUAUUACAACGAUAACCCGUACUACCAGAGACACCCCGGCCACCUCGGUGUUGUAGACCCCAACUCCAUUGCAGACGACGGCGAUGACGGUUUGGAAUAUGGGAAGAGCAGGAGCGGGCGAAACUCGAUGCUCAGCCUCUCCAACAGCGAUCGUACAGGUAGAAGCAAGGCUGGCGCAGCGGCGGCAGGAGGUGCCGCUGCCGGCCUCAUGGCAAACCGAGAUGUCAGUGGAUACUACGACCCUAAAGACCCAAACACGGGCUACCAAAACGGUAGUGCCAUCGAUCUUGGAGGCCAAGAAAAGUCUGAAUGGAUCAGAAGCCAAAACAAGGGACGAAGGAAGUGGAAGAUCUGCAUCAUUAUUGGCGUCGUCCUCAUCAUUGCUGGUGCCAUCGUUGGUGGUACUGUGGGUGGCUUAGUUACGAGGAAUAGCCGUGACGGCAGCUCAAGCCAACAAGGUCAAUCAGCGAACGACGACAAGAACUCAAACGGCGACCUGGACAUCAACAGCUCAGAGAUCAAGGCACUCAUGAACAACAAGGAACUUCACAAGGUGUUUCCCGGAAUGGACUACACGCCUCUCAACACUCAGUAUCCCGAUUGCCUUCACGACCCGCCGUCGCAGAACAACGUCACGCGCGAUGUCGCGGUGCUCAGCCAGCUCACCAAUACGAUUCGUCUGUACGGAACGGACUGCAACCAGACUCAGAUGCUUAUCCACUCAAUUAAGCAACUGAAAAUGGAGGACACGGUUAAGAUCUGGAUGGGUGUUUGGCAGGACGGUAAUAAGACGACAAACGCGCGACAACUUGAGCAGAUGUGGGACAUUCUCGACGAGUAUGGCGACAAGUAUUUUGAGGGCGUCAUCGUUGCCAACGAGAUCUUGUUUCGAGAGGAGAUGACUGAGGCAGCACUGGGGACCCUACUUGCUGAGGUGCGGACGAAUUUGACCAGUAAGGGGAUGAGCUUGCCGGUCGCCACAUCUGAUCUCGGCGACGAUUGGACGCCUUCGCUCGCAGCGAAGAGCGACUACAUCAUGGCCAACAUCCACCCCUUCUUCUCCGGAACCAACGCCAAGGACGCGGCCAUGUGGACGUAUGCUUUCUGGGAGAAUCAAGCCGGCAGCUUCUUCAAGACCGACAAGAAGAAGAACAUCAUUGCCGAGGUCGGCUGGCCUACCAAGGGCGGCACGAAUUGCGGUACCACCGCGGUCACCGACUGUCCCAACGCCUCGGUUGCUGGUAUCGACGAGCUAAACACCUUACUAGAAGGGUGGGUGUGCCCCGCCCUGGCCAACGGCACAAAUUACUUCUGGUUCUCGGCCUUCGACGAGCCAUGGAAGAUCAAGUUCAACGAGAAGGGCAAAGAAUGGGAGGAUCAGUGGGGCCUGAUGGACGUUGACCGCAAUGUCAAGUCCGGCGUCAAAAUUCCGGACUGUGGUGGCAAGACCAUCUAA